AUGGCGGACAACAUUGUUCAUGAGGUGGCAGAGCAGCUGGAAGUCCUCACGGCGCAAUCUCCGGCUGCUCGUAAUGCAUCCCUUGUCUCGGCUGUCUGUGUCGAGGUGACUGGGUCCGCUACUCAGGGCGCUGUUUCCAAUGCGCCCGACGACAUUGACGGGCAAGUCUCAACACCCACUUCGUCUGAUAUGACUGAUCUCGACGAGGCCCUGCUGGAAGAUCCAACAGCUCCGGCCAAUGUAUCCCAGCCGGUUCCGCCAGGAACUCACUUCAUCAAUCCUACCGCUCCCCGGGUAAGUUAUCACCUCUCCGCCUCUGGCGAGCUUACUAUUGCGGAAGAAAAAGAAACUUCCAAACCAACCGCUGCAGCUCCUGAGCGCCGUCCAAGCCCUCCCGCCGCGUUCUUGUCGUUUGAUCGGGUUGCUAAGGGACUACCUCCAAAUUUGCCAACUACGCCUGGCAAGUCAAGCGUUCAACCUCCUUCGUUGGCCGUGGAACGUAUCUUGGGCCCGAAGCAACCAAUCCCGGGCCGAAUCCUCGAACUACUAGAGGAGUGGCAUGAAGGUGAUCCAGAUACUGAACAUCCGGCUGCAUUGGCUGGACGUGCGCCAUCGACCUGGAAGAACUUCCAGGCUUUUAACGAAGAUGGUGAUGAGUGUGAGAUAUCAAUUUUUCAGAUUACUCUCAAAUUUCAGGCCCGUCGAGCCCUGUCGUACCGUAUUAUGAUACUUCAUGCCCAGAAUGGACCUGAGGAGCUCGUCGUGUUUGGAACUCCUCGCCCCAAGCUCGCGGGGCGCUUGGCCAAGGGCAUCAGAGGAUUGUACCUGCUGGACUGGCUCGAACUCGAAAAGAAGGGAGUUGUUCGGGCAUGCGGACUCAAAUUGUGGAGGUCCGCGGAUGAGAACAAGAUUUUAUUCAAUCCAUACAUGUUCGACAAUGCAGGCAAAUGCACUCGCUUGACUAGACCGAAGGACAUUUUCAACCCGCCUCCCUCGACUUCCACACCGAAGAAACAGAGUGACUCAAUUGAGGAUACCGAAGAUGUUGAGUCCAGCUCAUCCGAGCCAGUCCUUUCCCCAUUGAGGUCCAGGCGCCAGGUUUCGAGUAGCAUUUCCAAAGGCAACAAAGAAGACGAAGACAAGACUCCACUUGCUUCACGUCAGUCGUGGGGAGAGACUGUUUCGCCGACUCCCACUUCCAAAACUCGCUAUGAGUCUCGCUCUCUCGGGAGCCCCAUCAGACCUCCUCGAAAGCGGCGCCGCAGCACCUGGGGCUCCAAUGAUAAUGCCAUUGCCCCUAUCCGAUACAAGCUGAUGUCUGAUGUGUCGGACCAGGUGCGCAUCUUCAAUACCGAUGAUGCCAAGCUUGUGUUUCAAAAAGCCCGGGAAUUCUACAAAGGUAUAGACAAUCGAACGGGUCUACUGUGCACUGUUCCUGGUGUGGAGGGAGUCCGAUAUGUGGGGGAGGGUUGUGUGGAUGAAUUCAAUAUCCUUCAGGAGGAUGUUCGGAAGACUGCCGGUCCUGGUGAUGAAGCCCGCGUGGUGGAAGUAAAGCCCGCAAUGGAGUUCUAG